CCAAAACCUCCAUGAGCAACGAGGAACUCCGAGAACGAUACCUCCGGGACUUCCUGCCCCGAGACUUCAGGGAGAUGCAACAAGCAACCGUUCACUUCCGCUUAUUCUACCAGAGGGAGCUUCAUUAUAUAUUCAACUCUCCGGUGUCCGAGUCCUGGCGGACGCUUCUGGACGUUGGGUGUGGGCCCACCCCUGCCAACAUCUUUCCGGCGACAAGAAAGAUCCGUAGCAUUGUCCUCAGUGACCUGGUACCAAGAAACCGAGAGGAAGUAGAGAAGUGGAUUCAGAAGGCACCUGAUGCUAUGGACUGGUCCUUCAUGAGCGAACCACUGGCCAUCUUGGAGGGAUACAAGGACGCAAAAAUAGGAGCCAUGGACAUCGAAGAAAGAACACGCGGGGCGGUCAAGAAAGUCAUUCCCUGCGACGUCCUGCACCAGAACGUCCUUCCCAAAGGACACGAGGAAGCCUUCGACGUCGUCCUAUCGAGCCUUUGCCUCCAGUGUGCCUGUCGAGACAAAACCACCUAUCAAAAAAUCAACCGGAACGUCUCAAGCCUGAUCCGCAAGGGAGGGCACCUGAUACUGUGCGGCACUGCCGGACAGAGUGACUACACUUUUGGCAACGUUACGUUCCCCGACCUUUGCGUUUCUAAAGCCAUGGUGGAGGAUGCACUAAUCAGGUCGGGGCUUGAGAUCAUACGCUGGAGCUCCCUUGACAGCCCGAUCUCCUCUGCGAGCCAGAACAGAUGGGACUUCGCGUACGUCGUCCUAGCCGAAAAGCUUUGA